GUAUUUAAGUGAAACCACCCCUAGCCCUAGCUCUGCAGACUUCUGUUUGAGAUACCAAGUACCAACCAAACAAUGGCUCUGCGUUUACUCGGGAGGAAGCUGAUGAUAGUGAAGUCGCAAGAACUAGGGUUUUGUUUCAGUAACAGCUAUCGCACAGCCGUUCCGGCCGUUCGGAAACUCCCACUAAAAAAGCCUGCUUGGGGAUUGCGUGACAGUAGAAUCAAAAGCUGGCCCCUCCUCUUGAAAGAGAACCGUCGGUUGGAGGGAGAGAACUGCCGGUUGAAGGAAGAGAGUCAACAAGAUACAGAAAGGUCCAAGCGAAUGGAAGAAGAGCUUGAAGAUGUGCGGCGUGAUAUACAAGAGUACGAGGAGGCAUUACAAAAGGAUGAGGAGAUGGAUAAGAAUCGGGAGAAUGCAAUUGAAGAUUUCUUAGAGAGAGUGCAGGAAAAUAUGAGAACCAAGUUAAAGGAUGAUGCAUCAGAUACAAUCAAUGACUUGAUGGAAAGGGUGAGGUGGUUGGAACAAAAGAUUUUAGGAGAUUUACAGCAUGAUAUACAGAAUGAAAGAGAUAGGUGCAAGUCACUAGAAAUCAAGCUCGAGGAGGCAUUACAAAAGAUUGAGCAAAUGAACAAGGAGCAAUAUAAUUCAAGGAUGUACGUACCAAAUACCAUUAAAGAGUUGAUUGAAAAUGUGAGGCGGUUGGAGCAAGGUUAUGGAAGAGAUUGA